GAUGGAUUCUUUGAUGGUGAACUGCUGGAUGGAAGGCGAGGGCUCGUUCCUUCCAAUUUCGUGGAGAAGCUCGUCGGUGAAGACCUGAUCGAGUUCCAUCAGUCUGUGGUCAUGGGUCUGCGAGAUGGUGAUGAAUCCAUGUCCACCUCAGUGCCACAGGACCUCGACUUCAUUUCACAAGACGAGUCGCAGUUGAUAGAGUUGGCUGCCAACCAGACAAGACACAAUGCUUACACCAGCUACAUAGAUCUUGAAGAUAUCAUUGAGGAGGAAGAGGAAACUUUGGGAGAGCAUGAGAGACGACUCCUAGUUCAAGGCAAGCUGCUUAGUAGGCCUGAAAUCCCACCGCCGGUCCAGCUCACCCUCGAGAGACAGCUCAACAAGAGCAUCCUCAUCGGUUGGAACCCCCCGCCCGACGCGCCCCCGGGGUCCAUCGAGUCCUACCACGUCUACGUCAACGGACUCCUCAAGACCACAGUCCGGGCUAGCGAGAGGACACGGGCGCUGGUCGAGGGCGUCGACUCCACCAAGCUCCACCGGAUCAGCGUGCGCUCGGUGACCCCCAACCGCCGCACCUCCAGAGACGCCGCCUGCACCAUGGUGAUCGGGAAGGACGCGCCCUUGGGACCCACCAGCGUCAAGGCGACCUCCAUCACCUCCACCUCCGCCGUGAUAUCCUGGCUGCCUUCCAACUCCAACUUCCAGCACACCGUCUGCGUGAACAACGUGGAGGUGCGGACGGUCAAGCCAGGAGUGUAUCGGCAUACCAUCACAGGUCUCUCCCCCAACACGACCUACCGCGUGACCAUCCGGGCGAAGAACCUCCGGGCGCCGCAGUUCGACGAGAAGGCCACCAGGAACCAGGACCGCCUCUCCACCACCAUCGAAUUCCGCACGCUGCCAAAGGAUCCAAAAGGGCUUCCGGACCCCCCCGUGGACGUGCAGGUGGAGCCCGGCCCCCAGGAUGGCUCGCUGCUCGUCACGUGGCUGCCCGUCACCAUCAACAGCACGGGUGGCACGUCCAACGGCGCCCCCGUCACGGGCUACGCGGUCUACGCCGACGGCAAGAAGGUCACCGAGGUCGAGAGCCCCACGGGAGACCACGCGCUCAUCGACCUGACGAAGAUCCCCGGGUUCGAGCCCAAGCAGGUGACGGUGCGGACGAAGAGCCGGGACAGCGUCUCGGGAGACUCCGUGCCCAGCCAGAUACCCAGCCACUUCGCGAGGGACGAGGCCGAGGGAAGCUGGAAGAGGAAGAGGCAAUGUUGCACUCAGACAUGGACCGCCCGUCCGAGCUGUCCGACAUCGCCGAGGAGAGUGAGACAGAGUUGUCUGACGAGGACAUGCAUGCCGACGGCCACAAGCCCGGCCCGCACCAUGGCCUCGGCGGCCCCCACCACGGCCGCCCGGCCAGCACCACGGCCCGCCCGGGGGGCCCCACCACGGCCCGCCGGGGCCAGGCGGGCUGCGGGACAGGCUGCUGGGCCGGCGCGGCGCCCCCGCGCCCGGCGUGCGGACGGACCACCUCGGCCAGACCAUCCUCGAUCACGAGGACAACCUCAGCGACAAGGAGAUCUACCCGGGCCACCAGCAGGGCCAGAUGGCCCCGCAGACGUCCAUCCCCGCCAUAGAAAUAACCAAAGACACAGCCGGCGAGACCCACCCGCCGCUCGAGGAGGACUACGAGAUGGGCCAGGGCGGGCGCGGGCGCUUCGACCCCCGCAGCGCGCCCCCGCGGUCGCACCUGGAGCGCGGGCGGCCCCCUCCCCCGCCCCACCACAAUCGGCCCAUGAUGCGCGACCCCAGGGACCCCCGGGACGUGCGGGACCCCCGCGACCCGCACUACCGCGACGGCCGCGACCCCAGAGACCCCCGCGACAGACGGGACCCCCACAUGCGGGACCCGCACGCCCACCGGGACCCCAGGGACCCGAGGGACAUGCGCGACCGCUACGAGGGCGACGGGCGGCACCGGGGCGAGUACGGGCGCGACUACCCCGGCGGCAGAGGCGAGGGGCGCGGCGGCGGCGGGCGCGGCGGCGGCGGCCAGGGGGACCAGCACACGCGCAUCUUCGUGGCGCUGUUCGACUACGACCCGCCCACCAUGAGCCCGAACCCCGACGCCUGCGACGAGGAGCUGGGCUUCCGCGAGGGCCAGCUCAUCCAGGUCACCGGCGACAAGGACCCCGACGGCUUCUACUGGGGCGAGCUGGGCGGCAGGCACGGAUACGUCCCCUGCAACAUGGUGUCCGAGGUGCAGGUUGAUGAUGAUCGCGUGGCUCAAGAACUGCUAAAGGAGUCAGAUGGAGGACGACGAAGGAGGGAUGGCUCGGUGGGCCGACGGCACCAAGGUGACCGCUGGGGCGACAUCUAUGCCAGCAUGCCUG